AUGUACCGUGCGCCAUUUUGGAAGAAAAAAAAAAUCUCGGAUAAUUUCCGUGGUCUUGACAGAUCUGGAUCCGAGUCUUCACACUGAUUGUGGAUGCUAUCUAUUUCCCCGAGCAAGCCGCAUUGGUUGAUUAGGUAUUGGAAGCCGUGUACAGCAAGAGCUGCUACAUGAAGCAAUGGCGGGAGUUGCAGGUGGAAAUGAUUUUCAGUGGUGUUUCUCGCAAGUGAAAGGAGCGAUAGAUGAAGAUGUUGCGGAAGCUGACAUAAUCUCAACGGUUGAGUUCAACUAUUCUGGAGAAUUGCUCGCAACCGGAGAUAAAGGAGGCCGAGUAGUGAUAUUUCAACAUGAACAGGAGUCUAAGAAUCGCCCACAUCUGCGCGGGGAGUACAACGUCUAUAGCACAUUUCAGAGUCACGAGCCAGAAUUUGACUAUUUGAAAAGUUUAGAAAUUGAGGAAAAAAUUAAUAAAAUAAGAUGGCUACCCCAACAAAAUGCUGCUCACUUUCUACUUUCGACAAAUGAUAAAACUAUCAAAUUGUGGAAAAUAAGUGAAAGAGAUAAAAGAGCAGAAGGUUACAACCUGAAAGAUGAAGAUGGACGACUGCGAGACCCCUUUAGAAUCACCUCUUUACGGGUACCAGUACUGAUGCCAAUGGAUCUCAUGGUAGAAGCAAGCCCACGGAGGAUCUUUGCAAAUGCGCACACCUAUCACAUUAAUUCCAUUUCUGUAAAUAGUGAUUAUGAAACGUACCUCUCUGCAGAUGACCUAAGAAUAAAUCUAUGGCACUUGGAAAUCACAGACAGAAGUUUUAAUAUUGUAGACAUCAAGCCCGCCAACAUGGAGGAACUGACGGAAGUAAUCACAGCUGCUGAGUGCCAUCCACUCCAAUGCAAUGUAUUUGUGUACAGCAGUAGCAAAGGCACCAUCCGCCUGUGUGACACACGCGCAGCGGCCCUCUGUGAUAGGCACGCAAAGUUCUUUGAAGAGCCAGAGGAUCCAAGCAGUCGAUCUUUUUUCUCUGAGAUCAUCUCAUCCAUCUCGGACGUGAAGUUCAGUCACAGCGGACGCUAUAUGAUGACACGUGACUACCUCUCCGUCAAAGUCUGGGACCUCAACAUGGAGAACAGGCCAGUGGAGACGUAUCAGGUCCAUGAAUACCUUCGCAGUAAACUGUGCUCCUUGUAUGAAAAUGACUGCAUCUUUGACAAGUUUGAGUGCUGCUGGAAUGGCAGUGACAGUGCCAUCAUGACCGGCUCCUACAACAACUUCUUCCGAAUGUUUGACCGCAACACCAGGCGGGACAUCACGCUGGAGGCGUCCCGGGAGAGCAGCAAACCGCGGGCUACGCUGAAACCGCGCAAAGUGUCCACCGGCGGCAAGAGGAAGAAGGACGAGAUCAGCGUGGACAGCCUGGACUUCAACAAGAAGAUCCUCCACACUGCCUGGCACCCCAAAGAUAACGUGAUAGCUGUGGCCGCCACCAACAACUUGUACAUUUUCCAGGACAAAAUCAACUAGAAGAUUUGGGGUCUCCAGAGGGAUAGGGCUUUUACCGUACCUGUGUAGUUAAGCCUACUACUUGUCUAUCUGUAUAAGAAGAAAACAGCCUCGUUGUCCUCCUGGUGAAGAAUUCGAAAGCACGUGUCUACUUUUCUUCUUCUAUUUUUUUUUUUUUUUUU